CAUCUGAGCCAGCUCCUGGUCUCCGUGCUGCCAGUGCCGGUCCCCGGGGCAGAGGGGCCUGGAGCUGCCAUGACGACGGGCGACUGCUGCCAUCUCCCCGGCUCCCUGUGUGACUGCCCAGGAAGCGCUGCCCUCUCCAAGUCAGUGGAGGACUCCGACAUCGGUCGCCCGCAGUACGUCACGCAAGUCACCGCCAAGGAUGGACGGCUCCUCUCGACAGUGAUCAAGGCGCUGGGCGCGCAGAGUGAUGGUCCCAUCUGUCGAAUCUGUCAUGAAGGUGGAAAUGGGGAGGGACUGCUUUCCCCGUGUGACUGCACAGGAACACUGGGCACCGUGCACAAGAGCUGCCUGGAAAAAUGGUUAUCCUCCUCCAACACAAGUUACUGUGAGCUCUGCCACACAGAAUUUGUUGUAGAGAGAAGACCGAGACCUUUGACAGAGUGGCUGAAGGAUCCCGGUCCCCGCAAUGAGAAGAGGACCCUUUUCUGCGACAUGGUGUGUUUCCUGUUCAUUACUCCCCUAGCAGCGAUCUCCGGCUGGCUGUGUCUGCGCGGAGCCCAGGAUCAUUUGCAGUUCAACAGCCGACUGGAGGCUAUCGGACUCAUAGCACUAACUAUAGCACUUUUCACAAUCUACGUCCUUUGGACGCUGGUUUCGUUCCGCUACCACUGCCAGCUGUACUCAGAGUGGCGAAGGACCAACCAGAAAGUCCGCUUGAUGAUCCCAGCCUCGCGGAGCCCUCACCCCGUGCCCCACUCCCUCCUCUCUGCCAAGCUCAUGAAGAAGACCGCAGAUGAAACCACCGUCUGA